ACUUCACUCGCAAUUGUUCACGGAGGUGCCGAUAGCUGCGAAAGAAAGGGGGGAGAGAGAGAGAGAGAGAUGGGAAGAGAAAGGGAGGUGCCGAAGCAGCAACAAGAGGUGGGAUACGCGGUGGAGCAGCUUGUCGCUGUUAAUCGCUAUAAUCCUGACAUCCUUCCUGAUCUCGAAAACUAUGUUAACGAGCAGGUUUCAUCACAAACAUACAGCUUGGAUGCAAAUCUAUGCCUUCUUCGCCUCUAUCAGUUUGAACCUGAGAGAAUGAGUUCCCAGAUCGUAGCUCGCAUAUUGGUUAAGGCCCUCAUGGCAAUGCCGGCUCCAGACUUCAGCCUUUGUCUCUUUCUGAUUCCAGAACGUGUGCAAAUGGAGGAGCAAUUCAAGACACUGAUCGUUUUAUCGCACUAUUUGGAGACAGGAAGAUUUCGCCAGUUUUGGGAUGAAGCAGCAAAGAAUCGUGAUAUAGUUGAAGCUGUGCCAGGUUUUGAGCAAGCAAUUCAAGGUUAUGCAAUUCAUGUCCUCUCGUUAACUUACCAAAAAGUUCCUAGAUCUGUGCUGGCUGAGGCCAUCAACAUAGAAGGCUUGGCCUUAGACAAAUUCCUUGAACACCAGGUAGCCAACAGUGGUUGGGUCAUUGAGAAAGGCCACGGCAAGGGUCAGCUCAUUGUCCUACCAAGAAAUGAAUUCAAUGACCCAGCAUCGAAGAAAAACACUGCAGACACAGUGCCAUUGGAGCACAUUACACGUAUUUUCCCUAUUCUGGGCUGACGUAUCUGUGGACCUGGCCGAAGACACAAAUCAAACUCUAUUGAGCAGUUUUCAGGGGUUUUAGUUCUCCAUUUACUGGCCCUUGCCGCUGCUACUCCCUCUGGAUGCCUCCUGAUUUUCUUUCCGGAUGGAGAUUGUUGAAUGAAAUUAGUUGGGGCUACAUCUUGCUGUCGCUUUUCCUUUUUGAUGCUUCAGUUUGGUGAUAGGGGACAGCUGUUUGUCACUGGUCAAGAAUUAAUUUAAGUUGUUAUACUAAUGGAUUAUUGUACUUAAAGAACGAUUCAUGAUUCAUUCAACGGUUGUCAGGUCUGCUUAGUCGAUAGUUUCCCUAGUGACAAAUUGGGUCUGUGGAUGAACUCAAUACCGAGUGUUGGUGCUGCCAUGAGGAGGUCGAGAAAAAAUAUAUAUGCAGUUUUAUGGUUAUAAUUCAA